CGGGGAGGUCUGGCAGUUGAUUUCGUUCGGCCACGCGGCCGUACAAUUGGGAGAAGAAAAAGAGGCUGUCCUCGCGGGCGCCCUCAUCAAUAUAUUCAUGGAAAGUGUCGCGCGCCUCGUCGCGAGCCUCCGAUAGCUCGGGGGAAAGUCAAAAAGUGGGCACGAAGCGACGACAACGCGCGACCGAGGAGAGCCAGCUGGAGCCAGUGCGCAAGUGCACGCGGGGGAAUAGCAGUGCGUAUAAUCGCGCCACCCCGCGCUGUAAUAGUAUUGAUGGCGUGCUACUUGCCGCGAAAGAGGGGAGAACGCGGAGCAGUGCACAACCCCCACCGACGACGGCGCCGACGGCGACGACGGCGACGACGCUGACGACGCUCGAUCCUUGCAGUCGCGAUUCCGCCGCCAGACUGGCAGUGCUUCGCGCGCGCACACGCGUCGCGACGUCGCUGCUACAGUGCUGUUGUUUGAGUGAGGAGCUGUGCGUCGGCGACGAUAGGUGCCGAAGGACGAGCGAGUGCCGUCCGGGUGGAGAGGGUUCAACGCCGAUAGGACGGGCCGCGGUAUGUGGGGCGGUGACUGGACUGGGCUCCUGCCAGCCAGGCCGAGACUGGCCUCCAACGACGUGCUGUCGACAGCAGCACCGCCUCCAGCUAGCACUCAUCUGCGUGAGGAUGCCGUCGACGACUGCAGAUGCCUAAAGGACGCUGGACGACGGCAAGAGAAAGGAAAAGCGAUGUUCGGGGCGAAAAUACGAAGUUGGCUGGAUGCGCAAUUGGCGCGCACCAGGAAGAAGCGCAAGGCCGCGGCGCCGCUGCAGGAACACCCGACCGCCCGAGCUUUCUUCUUCGAGCGUGAUUUCAGCGAGAUUUUUCCAGCGCUAGCGAUAUCGUCGUCGAGCUUCCGCCCGUACCAAACUAACUGCGGCCAUCAUGAUCACUGCCCGAGGACGAGGAUGAGGACGAGGACGACGAUGACGACGACGACGACGACAAGCACGCAGCAGCAGCAGCCAAGCGGCAAUAACAGCAAGAACAACGCCGGCAAUCUGAAAGUCAAGGGAAACAGCGCGGUGAACCUCUCGUCCCCGGAAAGCGCCUACAGCACCGGCUACUCGACCGAUGGGACCUCGCCGUGCGCGACCUACGCCCCGGAGUACUACAUCAACGUCAGGUCUCAGAAGGUCGCGGAUGCAAGCCGAAGCUGCCCGAAAGCGCCUCGAGGGGAUAUCGAACAUGGCAGGACAGACGCUGGCAGACUCGACGAGGCGAUCGACGAGCCGAACACCGAGGCGAUGAGGGCACGCAACAGGGCCACGUACUCGCUGGCGCGUCGCCGUUAUCCCGAGUACGAGCAGCAGUGGCGCAAGCCAGCGCCACCCCCGAUGGCAUGCAGCUCGCCGAAGAUCCAGGGCGAGCACUUCGUCGCCCAAGACACUUGCCACAGUUCCGGCUACCCGAUGCAGCUGUUCUCGCCGAGACGCAUGCCUCUCGUCGCCACCACGUCGACUCAGGUGGUGCCAAUGAGGACGUCGCAACGGCAGCGGCCAGCGGGCCGCGCAGGGGGACCGCGAGCGACGGAUCCAUGGCGCGCCAGCACCACUUGCGAGAACAGCGCCAGCAGCGCCGCAGGACCUUGGAGCAGGCAGCAGAGCAACGUCGGCCUCGAGUACGCUUGUCGACAGGAGAGCCUCAGCGUGGGACGCAGCCCGGUUAACUGGUGUCCUCGUCAGCAACAGCAGCGAAACCAUCAGCAACGUAGCAGCAGCACGAGCAGCUGCAGCAGUCGCAGUCGAAGCUGUAGCCUGAGCAGUAGCAGCAGCAGCAACAGCAGCAGCAACAGGCCAGCCAGUAGUCCUAGUAGCAGCGACGACAUCACUCUGAACGAGGUCAUGGGCAAAUACGACGACAACUAUUUGUACGAGAAGGAGACCGACCUGAUGUCGGAGCCUCGCGAGACGACCAACGGCGCGAGCUCGUCGGCGAACUUCUCCUCGGCGAGCGCCAGUGCUAGCAGCUUGGACCUGCAGCUCGAGUUCGCGGCUUACGGCGAGCCGCGGCGAAGGAGUCGCAGCAGCAGCAGGUCCAGCUCGCGCAACCGGCUCGGCUACACGACCACGACGACGACGACCACGACGACGAGUCGGCCGCGUCGCAGUCGACGACACAGCCAGCGCAGACGCUUGGACGGUCGUGAGAGUGCCAACGACGAUAGCGUGGCCGAUCAAUUGGACGAGAAGGAGCACCGGGAGGAGCUCGAGUUACUGCAAGAGGCGCUUAGUCGCAGAUUGAAGAAGAACAGCAGCGAGUCUUCGGCGCAAACGUCGCGGGCGUUGCUGGAAAGGCUGCUGAUGAAGAACUCGAGCGCCGCUGGCGAAGCGGUCGCAGGCGGCGGUAGGCGCGCCUGGUCCUCGGCGAUGCGACCUGCAGCAGCGAGUCGCAGCGUUGGCGGGACGCCCAUCUGCUCGAGGAGACGGACGAGCCCGAGACCAGCGCUAUUGUCGCCGUUGACGUUCAGCCGACAGCUGUGUCCUGCGGAAUCGACAAGUUCGAUGAAACAUAUGUCGGCCUCGGAAAUGGCGCUAAUCGAGGCCGACAAGGAAGCCGAUCUGAAAUACGAGCAGCUGAUCAUGGAAGCCGAACGAAUGUUGAUCAACGUUCAACAGCAACUACAACGCGACGAAUCGUCGGCGAGCACUAGCCGUCGCGAUUCGACAGUUUCGGUAACCGUGGACCAUUCGCCUUCGCGCUUGCCACGAGUGCUCUAUCACCAGCAGCAGAACUGCAUAAUUGCGCCUAACAAACGCGUGGAGCUGAUCAAGAAUGCCGAACUGAAUAUCGAAUUGGCACUAUCGAAGAGCCGAAAUUCGCAGCCAGAGUUGUCGUGCGGCAGCAUCAAGGAUCUACUGGGUCAUUCCAGUCCCAAGAGAUUGUUACAGCAGGUGAUCGUGCUUACGAAAGCAAACCGAAAGCAGCCGAUUGUCGAUUGGUCGUUGACCUUUGUUUCCGCGAUGUUUCAGCAACAGAAGAAAAUGAUCGAGCCAAUGGUGCAAUCGGUGGUGAUGUCGACGCUUGGCCAAACCACAGACAACGAUCGCACGGGCUGGCCAUCAAUGGAGUGCAGUGCAGUCGCCGAGCCAGCAAGGCCGUCGUCGACAGCUCCAGGCGACGAGGCGGAGCACCGCUCGUGCCCGCAAAGCGAGCCACUGAGACGCAAAGUAUACGAUGCCCGCGACGACAGCAGCCGGCUGCUGCUGCAGCGUCAAGCUGCCAGCAACACUUGGCUGCGCAAUUCCGAUAGCGAUUGCGCCCACGACCAGUCGCAGAUGCAAUCGUACUCGGCAGCCUCUUCCUGCUCGCAGCUUCGCAAGCAGAUGCUGUUGGAAACGCUACAGAGCCUGAAGCAAAGCUUAGAGGAUCAGUCGGCGGCGCUGAAGCUAAAUUGCUUGCGGCCGCUCUAAAGCGAGACACCAACAGCAGAGCAUCGUCUUCCGCGAGCGAACGACCAGCCGCAAACCUCAAAAUGCCAAGAGCGACACUGCUGUCGUAAAAUUCUCGCUCACUUCUCUUCCUACAUAGGCUGCCUUGGAGCUAUUUUAUAUAAUAAACUUGUGUGCAUGAUGAUGAUCUCUGUGCGAGUGCUCGACGACGUAUGCAUACUCUGUACGACAAUUUUACGCUUAGGAUCAACUAUUAUCGAGCUCAAUCGGACCCUUGUACGAUUCGCGAAUACCUAGUAGUGUUGAGUAGGGUUUAGGGUCCACAUCUGUGGGUUUGCCAUUGAAAAGUCCUCGAGUUGUUGUGAUACCAAUUGGAAUAUCCAUUACGGUGCUGAGAUGUAACAAUAUGCUUUUUUCCUUUAACGUAGAUCUCAAAAAAGCAACUUUACACAGUUAUUCCGUUUCCGUCCCUGCAUCAGCCACCAGUCAUGCUAACAAUAGUCGGAUAGAGAUUUUCAUUGAAUCGCUGUUGGAAAAAAUUUUCCUGUAAAACUGUUGCACACAGUUAUUUGCAGUUUAAAAUAAUUUAUAAACUUCAGAUUUUAGACACGCAUAACAGUUAUUAACAGUUUUUUUCUGUUAGUAACAGUUGUAUACAGUUAUUAAUAACUAUAAACAAUUUUGCAAAUGCACCUUUUUUAUUAUAAAGAAAUUUGCCAUUAAACAGUUAUAAACAGUUUUCAAAUCAAUUUCAAAAAUAUAAAUAAUUGUGUACAACUCUAAUAAACAGUUAGUUCUGAUAUGAUAAUUAAGAUAAUUAAGAAUUAUUUUAAACACUUAUAUAUUGUUAUUAUCAUUUAAUUUUUUUGCUUAUAAGUACUUAUUUCGUGUCCAGUAUUGGCAAAUUAAUAAUUAU